GUGAUUAUGUUCUACAAAUUAAUGGGGAUUUUCAAGAAAACAUUUUCAUUAAUUAUAACAUUAUUGAUUGGAUUAUCAUCCUCAUAUGAGCUUGAUGAACCAAUUGGGUAUGGCUAUAGAAUAAAUCGUAUUACUGAUAAAGUAGCAGGCAAGUUUUUAGCAGCUGAGCUCAGUCUUCUCAAGGCUACUUCUGUUUAUGGACCUGAUAUUCCAAAUCUUAAUCUUUUUGCCAGCUUCGAAUCCAAGGACAGCAUACGACUCAGAAUCACAGACUCCGACAACCAAAGAUGGGAGCUUCCCAACCAUAUCAUCCCCCGGAAAAUCCACCGCUCGCCGGUUCCCCGCUCAAACAGACACAACAACCACUCUCCUCCACUCUCAACUCCAGUCCUUUCCAGUCCACACUCAGACCUAGUUUUCACCCUCCACAGCACCUCCCCGUUCGGCUUCUCCAUCACCCGAAAAUCCACCGGCGAUCUUCUCUUCGACGCAUCACCCGACUCUUCAAACCCGGCCACUUUGCUCGUCUUCAAGGACCAAUAUAUCCAGCUCACAUCCUCACUUCCUCAGAACAGGUCCAAUCUCUAUGGCCUCGGCGAGCACACUAAGAGCACGUUCAAACUGCAGCCUGAUCAGACUCUAACUCUGUGGAACUCUGACACUGCUAGCUCGGCUAAGGAUGUGAAUCUGUAUGGUUCGCAUCCGUUUUAUAUGGACGUGAGAUCGGUGCCUGCAGGAUCAGCUCAUGGAGUUUUGUUGCUGAAUAGUAAUGGCAUGGAUGUGGUUUAUGAUGAUGAUAGGAUUAGUUUUAAGGUAAUUGGUGGUGUUAUUGAUUUGUAUUUCUUUGCUGGACCUUCACCUGCCAUGGUGAUCGAGCAGUAUACGAGAGUUAUUGGUCGCCCUGCACCUAUGCCUUAUUGGUCAUUUGGGUUUCAUCAAUGUCGAAAUGGGUACAAGAGUGCUGCUGAUGUUGCGGAAGUGGUCGAUGGAUAUGCUAGAAAUGGCAUACCACUUGAAGUUAUGUGGACAGAUAUUGAUUACAUGGAUUCUCAUAAGGAUUUCACUCUUGAUCCUGUUAACUUUCCUGCAAAACAAAUGCAAGCUCUCGUUAACAAUCUUCACGGAAAUGGUCAGAAGUAUGUUGUUGUUGUUGAUCCUGGUAUUGGUAUUAAUGAUACAUAUGACACAUAUCUUAGAGGAGUAGAUGCUGAUGUAUAUAUACAACGCAAUGGCGUUCCUUAUCAAGGACAGGUUUGGCCUGGAAAAGUUUACUUCCCUGAUUUCUUGAACCCAAACACAAAAUCCUUCUGGCAUGAAUCAAUCAAAAGGUUUCACGAUAUGCUACCUGCUGACGGAAUCUGGCUCGAUAUGAAUGAGUUAUCCAAUUUCAUAACUUCUGAUCCUACUCCGGAUUCUACUCUUGAUAAUCCUCCUUACGAGAUCAACAAUGCAGGAUGUAAAAGUCCAAUUAAUAACAGGACAAUUCCAGCAACUUGUGCACAUUAUGGAAAUGUUCCAGAAUAUGAUGUCCAUAAUUUGUAUGGACUAUUGGAAUCAAAAACAACUCAUGAGGUGUUAGUUGAAAUGACUGGUAAAAGGCCAUUUGUGCUUACUAGAUCCACUUUUGUAAGUUCCGGCAAGUAUGCAGCGCAUUGGACAGGAGACAUUGCUUCAACUUUUGAUGAUUUAGCUAACUCGAUCCCAUCCAUUUUGAACUUUGGUCUCUUUGGUAUACCAAUGGUUGGUGCUGAUAUCUGUGGCUUUGCUGGAAAUACUACUGAAGAACUCUGCCGCCGUUGGAUUCAGCUAGGUGCUUUCUACCCCUUUGCAAGAGAUCAUUCGGACGCAAACUCUGUUCGUCAAGAGCUCUAUCUCUGGGAUUCAGUUGCUGCAUCAGCCAGGAAGGUUCUCAGUCUUCGCUAUCAACUCCUUCCGUACUUCUACACAUUAAUGUUCGAAGCACAAGCGAAAGGAACACCCAUUGCAAGGCCUCUAUUCUUCUCAUUCCCUAAAGAUAUCAACACCUAUGACAUCAACUCUCAGUUUCUAAUCGGAAAGGGCGUAAUGGUAUCGCCAAUAGUCCAGCCAAACGUAAUAUCAAUGAACGUAUACUUCCCUAAAGGAAACUGGUUCAGCCUGUUUAACUACUCUGAAUCAGUUAUUGUGGAAUCAGGAAGAUAUGUCUUGCUCGACGCGCCUGCUGAUCGACCACAAGUUCACGUGCGAGAAGGUACUAUUCUGGCUAUGCAGAAGGAAGCAAUGACUACAAAAGCUGCUCGAAUGACGCCUUUUCAUCUCUUGGUAGUUGUCGACAGCAACAAACAAUACACAACUGGGGAGCUAUACUUGGACAGUGGAGAUGAAAUAAUGAUGGCAAAAGGAAAGAAUUGGAGUAUGGUUAGAUUUAGAUGCGAAAGAGAAGAUGGCAUUGUUCGCCUUGAAUCGAAGGUCGAGAAUGGAAGGUACGCGUUGGAUCAGAAUUUGAUCAUUGACAGGGUGACUUUCAUAGGAUUGGAGAAGGAUAAAGAACCGAAAUCAUCGCAUAAGGUAUACAUAACCGAAGGGUCGAAUUUGAAUGAACUUUCAGUUCCAAAGAUUCAUGCAGAAAGCAGCGAACAUUUUCGGAGCGUUGACAUAACAAGACUGUGGUUGCCAAUAGGGGGGCAGUUUAACUUGGUGGUAGGAGUUUGAUUCUGAUUUGAGCUAAUGUUAUUUAUUUUCUAGGUUGUUAUAUAAAUUAGCUGGAAUAAUUUGUAGAUAAGCUGUAUUGUUAACAGUUAGUACUUUAAGUUGGAAAUUUGUAGAUAAUCUGCAAAUUCCUGACAGGUUUAUUAAAAUUUCCUGCUCUAUUGAUGCAUUUGAGAAA